GGAUUCUAAACAUUGCAUUGUUGAGUGUCUGAAGUUCUGUGCAGGUCUUUGUUUCUCUAACAAGCUUUGCUCAAUACAGACCUGCAGCUUGAAUCCUUUCAGAUAUGCACCAAUUUAACGCCUGUUCACAAUCCCUGACAUAAUGGGGAAAACUAACUUCGUACUGUGCUUUGUCUUUAGUGCAAAUCUGGAGCUCUAACGGUUUGCAAUGGACAAGACCUCAGAGUAUAUAACUCUGCUCCCUUUUGAAACUAUAUUUCCAAAUGCUUCAACUGAAGGUUAUUCUGUCUUUUCCCAGACUGAGCACAAUAUUGUAGCAGUUUAUCUGAUUACUGCAGGUAUGGACAAAAUAUUUUAUGUGGUAUUCUGUAUAGUUGUGUGUUUGUGUAUAUUUAAUUUGUUCAUGUUUUCAACCCCUACACCCUGUGAUCCCUAGUUUGAUUGCCACCGUGUUGAACAUGAUAGGGGAUCACUGGUCAUAUUUGUCACUUUUGUAAUGAAGAGAAAUGUUGUUGUGAUUAUUCCAUAACACUUUAAGACUAUACAUAUAUUUACACUCAAUUAAUAACAUGUGGGGGAAAAGCUAAAUCGCCACAUCAUACUUUUUUAUAGUACAAAGUAACUCUAACUGAUAGUGUACAAAAAAAAAAGGGAUCUUUGCAGUGGGAUACUAAACAAGCGUCCAUCCCAAAAAAUGAACAAAGUAAAUACAUUUGGCUUUAUUCUUACAUUUAAAAAAAUAAAAAAAAAAAGCACGUGGAGGAGGAUGGAGCAGAGAGUGUUUUUUGGUUUUCUUUUGUCAUGGGACACUUUAUCACAGGUGGAAAAAAAAAAGUUUUUUCAUUUGACUGUUCCUUUAAAUUGUUUAAAGGGACAGUAUAGUCACUAGACUAAUUACAGCUUUAUAUAAUGGUUCUGGUGUCUAUAUCCUGUCCCUGCUGUCCACAGAAAAGGCAGUGUUUACAUUUCUGCUUAGUAACACCUAGUGGCAGUCACUCAGACACCAGCUAGAGGUGCUUCCUGUGUCAGGGCUGCACAGUGUUUCAGUGCUAUGCAAGUAAUCACUGAACAUUCCCCAUAGAGCUGCAUUGAUAAAAAUCUGAGGAGAUAGAUUGAUGUGGUGUUUUUACUACACAUGCGCAAUAGCCUCCCAAUGCCUUUAGCAUAGUAAAACAUUUGAUUGGCUGAGAUAAUGAAGAUUGAUCUCAACCACAAAGGUGGAGGAAGGCAUGACCAGCUGCAGUGAGAUUGGUAUGGCAUGUGAGAAAAGGUAAGUAAAGUCACCUUUUCAGAUAUCUUUAAGUGGGACUAGGGACCUAAACAGCCACACCAGCACUGGUUGUAUUCCUAACACGAUAGUGUUCCUUUAACUAUACAUACAGUGCCUCCAUCAUGCUGAUAAACAUUGCAUUUGGCAAAUUUAAGAAUAAAAUGUCCCAUGUAUGAGUUGAAUUAUUUCUCCAAACCAGCUAUGUUUGCCUUAUAGGAACACUCCGGGUACCAUAACAACUUAAUUGGAAUUAUGUUGUUAUGAUGCCAGUAAAACCCUGCCUUCUGCUUACCUUUAGGGGUUAAAACAUUCACAUAUGGUUUAAACAGUCUCUUUCUCUUUCCAGCGCUGUUUAGCUCUGCCCCGUCCUGCUUCUUUCAGAUUCCACAAACCAGAAACCUCGGACUACCUGGAACAGGGGUGCUGCUGAUUGGCUGGAAGGGUCAGCUGACUCGAAGCCAACGAGUAGCUCACCAUUAACAUAACAGUAUUGCCAUUUGGAUUUUAACUUGCUGCACUCUGAAAUUUAACUAAAUGUUUUAGGUAAAAAAAACAAAAAACUGAAAAUUUGCUAAUGUGGAUUUUCCAGAUUAGCAGUUUUGAUUUAAAAUUUGAAAUUCACUUUUGAAUUCAGAAAAUUCCCACUUUCGUGAAUCUUCCUGUGAAAGUAUCAAGUUUUGGAAUUCAAGUAGUAAUUGCUUCUGAUAAAAUUGCUUUGUAUUAAAUCUGAGAGAAAUUAUCUGCACACUACUGUUUCAUGAUUUCAGUGUUGAGCAGUUUUGUUUUUUGUUUUUUUCCUUUUCCUUGUCAUGUUUUGUACAUUUGUUCCCAGGUAUAGUAAGCCUUUUGAGCAAUCUUAUAGUUCUGGGAAUCUUUGUUAAAUAUAAGGAGCUCCGCACAGCAACCAAUGCAAUCAUCAUUAAUCUGGCCUUCACUGACAUUGGAGUCAGUGGGAUUGGGUAUCCAAUGUCCGCUGCAUCUGAUAUACAUGGAAGUUGGAAGUUUGGAAACACAGGAUGUCAGGUACAUUAUCCUGGCCUGAAGCAUAUUGGGAAAUAAGGUUACAAGGUUCUUGGAACAAUGACUUUAUUUUUAAAGAAAAUCUGCAAUAUCCGUAAUUAGUUAUCUAUUAGCUUUGUAAGUACAAUAAGCAGCAUAUUAUGUUAUACGUUUGCACAGCGUGGUUGCAUUUUGUUCCAAACAUAUUUUUGCAAGUUGUUUUAACAUUCACAGAAACUGCUUAUUUCUCAUUUUUUAGGCCUGAACAAUAGCAUUUGCCCCUUCCUCUUAGCAGUCAUUUAUGUACCAUUUCUAUGCUACCCUUGACUCAGAUAAAUGUUUCUAAUCCUUCACCUGGACACUCACAACAACUGUCCAUGACAUUACUUAGACAGCAAUUACAUAACUUUCAAAUGUCUGACUAUUUCUAUAAGGCAGAAUCAAAGAAUUUUGGUACAUUUCUGUGUGAGUGAUCGUAUGCUUUUUCACGUACAGAUUUACGCUGGCUUGAACAUAUUCUUUGGUAUGGCAAGCAUUGGAUUACUGACGGUUGUUGCUAUCGACCGAUACCUGACUAUCUGCAAACCUGACAUAGGUAUAGUAAGCACUGUUUUUAUUUUUUAGAGAAUUUAUUGUGUACAAUUUAAAAUGUAUUCAAUUUUCAAAUUAUAGUGUAGCAACAAAUGUGAGCAUGAGUUUAGUUAAAAGAAAGAUUAAAAAUCAAAUAGGAAGAACAGAGAGGGUUCCAGUGGCAGGUUGCCAAACCCCGAAAACAAACAGGAUACUGAAUGACCUGGAUAGGGUGAGCGAUAUAAGCAAUGGAUUUUUGUUACCCAAUACCCACAGAAGUAAUAAAACCCUGUCAAGGGGAAUCACCCCAGUGUGUACACAGUUACUAGUUGCUUCCAUGUGUUUUUCAUAAAGAUAGAUGUUACAAAGUUUUUUGUAAUUAUUUUGAUUUUGAAGAAUUCAGAGACUGCAGAAGGUAACAUUUGUACACAUUUGUAACAUUUGUACACCACCCACCCUGGUCCACCAUAUGUAAAUUAAUUUGCUCUUGGCAGGGCCGUCUUUAACGCAGGGCCGUCUUUAACGCAGGGCAAACAGGGCAGCUGCCCCGGGCCCUGUCCCAGCUGGGGGGCCCAAGACAGCUGCUCCGUUUGCCCUCUGCCCGCAAACUAUGGGGGCCCAUCGGGUGGCCUGUGUCAGCAGGAGCCCGGUCGGGCGCUGUGGCGCUUUAACAGCGCAACCAGGCCCUUGCUUUUUCGGCAGCACUGGAAGGAAGUGACAGCUGCGCGUCACUUCCUCCCACAGAAACAAGAGCCGCGCGGGAGGAAGGAGCUGUUCCGGAGGGGGCCAGGCCGGGAGAGCUUAACUCCCAGCCACGCCAGCCAGCCCACUGGACCCGAGGGAAGCCACCCUCUAGGAAAAGGUAAGAAACUGGAGGGUGGUUGUCAAAUUUUGCAUGAGUGUCUGUGUGUGUGUGUGAGUAUGUAUGAGUAUGUAUGUAUGUCUGUGUGUGUGAGUCUGUCAGUGUCUGUGUGGUUCUGUAUGUCUGUGUUUGUCAGUGUAUGUGUGUUUCAGUAUGUCCGUCAGUGUGUCAGUAUGUCUGUGUGUGUGAGUCGGUCAGUGUCUGUGUGGUUCAAUAUGUAUGUGUGUAUGUCUGGUUCAGUAUGGCUGUCUGUGAGUGUCAAAAUGUCUGUAUGUGUGUACGUCUGUCAGUGUCUUUGUGUAUGUAUGUUUCAGUAUGGCUGUCUGUGAGUGUCAAAAUGUCUGUAUGUGUGUACGUCUGUCAGUGUCUGUGUGUAUGUGUGUUUCAGUAUGUCUGUCUGUGUGUAUGUGUGCCAUAAUGUCUGUAUGUCUGUCAGUGUCCAUGUGGUUCUGUAUGUCUGUGUGUAUGUGUGUUUCAGUAUGGCUGUCUGUGUGUGUCUCUGUGUCAGUACGUCUGUCAGAAUGUGCCUUUCUAUCUGUAUGUUGUCCGUUUGUGUUUGUGUGUGUAUCUAUAUAUAGUCAGUGUGUAUCUGUAUGUGUCCGUGUUUGUAUAUGUAUAUCUGCAUGUGUGUCAGGUUGUGUAUCUGUGUGUCUGUGUGUCUGUAUGUCUGUAUGUGUGUCAGUGUGUGUACCUUUGUAUCUGCAUGUAUCAGUGUUUGUAUCUGUGUAUCUGCAUGUUUGUCAGGUUGUGUAUCUGUGUUUGUGUCUAUUUGUGUGUCAGUGUUCUAUAUGUAAGAGGAAAAAACUCACAGGCACUCCUUUUUCCUCUUGGAUUAUUGUACUGGGAUUGCUGGUCCUGCUCUGGAGCACCCUUGGCCGUUGGGACUGGGUGCGGUUCUCAUCACUUACUCUGCUCAGUGUUCUAUAUGUAGUCUGUGUGUAUCUGUAUGUUCUUGUGUGUAUCUAUAUGCGGUCAGUGUGUAUCUGCAUGUGUGUCAGGUUUUGUAUUUGUGUGUAUCUAUAUGUAGUCGGGGGGCCCAAGUAAAUGCUUGCCCAGGGUCCAAUCUGAAUUAAAGACGGCCCUGGCUCUUGGAAUUUGUUUUCGUGGCGCUUUUGGAGUGCCGUUAGCCCUCGGGGGCCCCCCUCCCUCGGCGCUGAUGGGGUUAAAACCCCUUCAGCCACUUACCUUAAUCCAGCGCCAGGCUCCCUCCCUUGGGUGGAGCUGAAUGCGCACGCGAGGCCAGAGGCGCGUGCAUGCAUUCAAACCUGCCCAUAGGAAAGCAUUACUCAAUGACAUCCACUAGAGAACAGACAGCCACCAGAGGCUGGAUUAACCCAGCAGUCUAAAUAUAGCAGUUUCUCUGAAAUUGCUAUGUUUUCAGCUUCAGGGUUAAAACUAGGAGGACCUGGCACCCAGACCAUUUCAUUGAGCUGAAGUGGUCUGAGUGUCUAUAGUGGUCCUUCAAACAAAAAUCUGCACACCAUUCAAGCCAUAAGACUUGCUUUUCCAACAGAAAUCGCAGAUCUGCAGUGAUGGUACUACCGCAAAGGAUUCUGGGUGGACACAUGCAACAAAGAAUCAUGUUUGUGCCUCAUUCCAUUUUAAACAUGGAUUCCUAUGAGUCUGUGUUUGCUGUAUACAACAUAAAUGCUCUCUGUAACCUCCUCCUUUGGCCUUAUGCAAUGAUCCAAUACAGCGGGAAACACUCUUGAUAUCGCCUUCACCAAUCUCUGUACCGUCUCUAAUAUUUCCAAUAUUCCUUUUCCUCUAUCUGACCACCAUCUGCUGACUUUUGACAUCGGCAUACCUAAGACCCAAUUGACACCACCGUCUGAACAUCAAUCUCACUGGAUGGCUGCCCACUUCCUUAAACUCAACUUGACCAAAACUGAAAUUCUAGUCUUUCGUCCCUCAAGUGUUGCUACUCCUGUGUCUGUCUCCCUCCAAGUCAACAGUGCUAUCAUCUGCUCCACCACGCAGGCUCGCUGCCUAGGUGUUCUCUUUGACUCCGACCUCUCCUUCACACCUCAUGUUCAGUCUAUCGCCAAAUCCUGUCGUUUCCAUCUCAAAAACAUUGCGCGCAUCUGACCCUACUUAACGCCAGAUGCAACUAAGGUGCUGGUCCAUUCCAUUGUCCUUUCUCACCUUGACUACUGUAAUCCGCUUCCCAGUGGUCUUACGUGCUCCAAACUUGCGCCGUUACAGUCCAUAAUGAAUGCUGCGGCGAGGCUCAUCUUCCUGUCCGCCAGCACCUCCCAUGCCUCACCCUUCUGUCAGUCCUUACAUUGGCUUCCUGUAGGAUAUAGGGCUCAAUUUAAAUUCUGGUUCUAUCCUCACCAAUACACAAGUAUGUCCCGUCUAGGCCCUUACACUCUGCUGAAGACUUGCGUCUAUUCUGUCCGUACUCCCACCUCUGAUGCUCGCCUUGAAGACUUCUCCAGGACUGCACCGUUCCUAUGGAACUCACUUCCCUCCUCCGUUAGAUGCUCACCCAGUCUCCACGCCUUAAAAAAAUAAUUAAAAACCCACUUCUUCAUAAAAGCGUAUCAAUUAAACUGUUAAUAACAACUGUCAUUAGUCUAAUACUAUCCUUACCUUUUGUGUCACUUUACCCCACUCCCUCUAGCAUGUAAGCUCAUUGAGCAGGGCCCUUAGCCCCUCUGUUCCUGUGUGUCCAACUUGUCUGGUUACAACUACAUGUCUGUUCGUCCACCCACUGUAAAGCGCCUUGGAAUGUAUGUAUGUACAUGUACCUGAAUAUUCCUACUUGUAAUGUGUGAAGAUACAAAAAAGCGAUAUGUGUGCACAAACCACAGUGCAAUAAGUGCUCAACAGAUAAAUAGCAGAAAAAGACCUCCCUGAAUCAGGUAGGAUUUCCCCGAAGACUUCCUCCUGUCUUCAACAGAACAUGUAUAGAAAAAAAGGGGACGAUCUGCUAAACAAAUAACAAGAACAGGUCAUAGCGCAUAACUGUGUAUAUGAAUAAACCAAAUGUGUAGUUUUCAAAUGGCCACUCACACUUUCGUUGAAAUAUAAAUGCCUUGGAACUGAAUUGCUCUUUUCAGCAAAAUUGCUCUUUUCAGCAUAAAUGCCCUUCCAGGAAUGAUUCUUCCACCACUUUUAAACUCUCAUGGAAUAGUUAAAAGGUGUGUGCUCAAAGAAAAAAACAGAACUUGUAGUACAUAUUUAAAAAUGUAGAAAAAAUAAUUUAAUCACUUACAUCUAAAUAUAAAACAAUGGAUGUAUUCUCACUGUCACCACCAGGGGUCCUACGCGUUUCGUCCGUAUGUAGGACUUCCUCAGGGACUUCAGUGACCAGAAAUGACAGCAUACAAAUGAACAAUAAACAACCCUUCCCUUCACCACCCUUUAUACCUCCCCCAAUGUCCACAAAACUCUUUAUCCGAAUCAGGUGCUUGAAAUUUCAGUUCGACGGCCGAUAUCUAUGACGUCAUCCACAUGCGUCCGUCGGUUUCGCAUGCGUUCCACCAUGCGUUCCACUGCCGAAACCCGGAAGUGCUUUAUGCCUUCUAUGUAUGAAUCACGUAUUUCUAUUCCAAGUCCCUCUCAUUAGAGGCAGAUUUAAUUUACAUAGAUCGGAGGCAAGAAGAAAGGGGGGGGAGAGGGAAAAGGGAGGAUUAUACACUUCAAACAGUACUACAAGAUUCCAAAUAUAUAUAACUAACACAGCCUCAUUAUACUUGAUAACAAAAAACUAUAUACACUAUAUAGUAUAUAUGAAUCUAAUUAAAAUCAAAUAAAGAUAUAUAUAAUAGUAAAUAAACAGACUAACAUAACAAAAAAUAACAAAAAUAAAUACAUAAUGUAAAAAAUAUAAUGUAAUAUAAAAAAAAUAAUAUAAAAAAAUAAAAAUGAAAGUAAAAUAAAAUAAUAUAAAAAUAAAAAAUAAAAAAUAAAAUAUAAAAAAUAUAAAAAAUAAAAAUAAAGAAAAAUAAAUAAAAAUGAGAAUAAAAAUGAAAAAUAAAAUAAAAAUAUAGCACACACACUUAUAAGGUGGAUAAAACGUGAUAUCCCAAUUUAUGUUGCAUUUUUUAAAAUAUUCCAAAAGAUAUAGAGUAUCCAUACAUUAUUAUUUUUCUCCUCUUUUUUCCUUUGAUGAGAUAUUGAAAACAUCCAGAAAAGGAGAUUUAUUAAUUUUAACGUUAUCAUUGGAUAAAAUUAAGAAAUUAAAUUGAAUUAUAAAAUAUAGGAUAGAAUUCCAUAAAUGUAAAAAAUAGAAUUCGAUCCAUCCCCUGUCCUCUUUUUUCUUUUUUUUUUUCUUUUUUUCUUUUAGUGGAAUGUCAAAGACAUCCCACAAAGAGCUGUUGGUUGAUUUUAAAGUUGUUCUUGAUAUAAAAAAUAAAAUAGAUUAUAUUAAAAAAAUUAAAUAAAAUUUGAUGAAUGGAAAAAGUAUACUUAUGAUUGAAAUUUAAUUGAAUUCAAAAAACGUCAAAUCUCAGAAUGCAGAUUAAAAAUCUGUAAACACAAAUCCGACGCAGUUGGAAUCCAACAAAUCCCAGUAUAUAUAAAUCUGAUAUAAUGAGAAUUCAUUGAAUUUCAGAAUAUAUAAAAGGACAAUUUGUCCAUCCCAAAACCCAUUCAAAUUUAAUGAUACAAAAAUAUUCUACUAUGAUAUUUAUGAUGUGGAAAAAUUAUUACCUAUACUAUAAAAAAUAUAUAGAAAAAAUGCAACAUUUACACUAAUGGUGCAAAAAGGUACCUACAUAGUAUUAAUUUUCAAAAAAGCUCCAUAGGUCUAUAUCCAAAUUCAACCCAUGUGGUUGCAACGUUUUUAAUUUGUUUAUCCAAAAAAUCUCCCUUUGCGAGAGCUUUUUCAUUAAAUUGCCCCCUCUCCAAUAAGGGUCAACCCGCUCUAUACCCAUGAAGGAAAAAUUAUUCCAAUUAAAUUUUCUGCAACUAGUGCAAUGAAUCGGUACUAUAUGUUUUGUUGACUUUUUCCUAAUAUUAUUUUGAUGUUCCAAAAUUCUCUCUUUCAAUUUUCGACCCGUUCUUCCCACAUACUGUUUCCCACAUGGGCACUGUAGCAGGUAGACCACAUACCUCGAGUUGCAAUUUAUAUUAGAUUUAACUUUAAAUUUCUCUUUGGUAGUUGUACUUAUAAAUUCUUUUUUCUGUAUAUACCUCUGGUUCUUGCAAGCCUUACAUGAAUUACAAGGAUUAAAACCUUUAAUAUUAGAAAGUGUACCUUUGCGUCCGAUUUUUAAUGCGUAGCUUGGAGCUAAUAUAUUUUUCAAAUUUUUAGUUUUUUUGAAAAUUAUUGGUGCUUUUUUUGGGAGUACCUUUCCUAAUAUGGGGUCUUUGCACAAAAUAUCCCAAUGUCUGUUUAAAAUCUUUUUUAUAUUCCAAUGUUGUGUAUUAUAUUGUGUAAUAAACGAAAACUGAUAAUCUUUUUUUGGGAUUGUUUUCUUUGGAUUUGGUUUCAAAAGACUUUUCCUAUCUUUCUUUUCAAUUUCUUGAAUUUCUUUCUCCAAUGGUGCUAAUUCAUAUUUUUUAGUUAAAAAUUUAUUUUUCAAGUGUUUGGCCUGUUCAUGGUAAUCUAUAUCUCUUGAGCAAUUUCGUCGUAUUCUUGUUAGUUGGCUUCUUGGGAUGGUUUCCAACCAUUUAUCAUGAUGACAGCUUUUUCUGUGUAUGUAACUGUUACCAUCAGUUUUUUUAAAAUAACAUUUAGACUGUAUAGUCUGAUUUUCAACAAAAAAGCAGACAUCUAAAAAAUUAAUUGUAAUAGGGUCUAUCUCACAUGUGAAUUUUAAGCCAUAAUCAUUAUUACCAAUAUAAUCCAAAAAUAACUGCAGUUCUUUAUGUGAUCCUUGCCAAAUCAUUAUAACGUCAUCAAUAAAACGUUUCCAUAGGACCAGGUUCGCUACCCAGCCAUGCCCCCUCCAUAUGUGGUUGGAUUCCCAAUCCCGCAUAUAUAUGUUGGCAUAGCCGGGGGCGAACCUGGUCCCCAUUGCCGUACCAGUGAUUUGGAGAUAGAAUGAGUCAUCGAAGAAAAAAUAAUUGUGCUUCAAGAUGUAAUGAAUGCUUUUAAGUAUAAAAUUUCGAAAAUCUGGUGAAACACUUUCAUCUCUCUCCAUGACCCACUCUACUGCAAUCAGACCCUUGUGAUGUUUAAUGAUUGUGUAGAGAGAUGAAACAUCUAUAGUUACCCAAAUGAAAUCGUCUUUCCAUUUUAUAUCUUCUACUAUUCUUAAAAUAUGUGAGGUAUCUUUCAAAUAAGAGGGUGCCUCUUGGGCAUAUUUUUGAAGAUUGUAAUCUACAAAUUCUGACAAAUGUGCAGAUACCGAAUCAAUGCCACUAAUAAUUGGCCUUCCCGGAGGUGUGAUAGGAUUUUUGUGUAACUUGGGCAAAAAAAAAAAUAAAAAAUAGGAAUUAUGGGAAAAUUGUUAAAUAAAAAUUCCAUAUUAUUUUUAGAAAUGAUGCCUUCCUCAAAUGCCUGGUUUAACAGGAUUUUGAGAAUAGAGUUAAAUCUUUUUGUUGGAUCUUCUGUGAGUUUUGUGUAAGUAUUUGUUUCUCCUAAGAUGUUAUAUGCUUCCUCCAUAUAAUAGUCUUUGGUCAUAAUGACUAUGGCUCCACCUUUAUCGGCCUCUUUUAUAAUUAUAGACUCCAUUUUUUGUAGUUUGGCUACACUUGCCGAUUCCUCUUUACUCAUAUUGUAUUUAUUUUUCUGACAAUUGCUUUCUUUUUCCAAUUUCUCCAAAUCAUGGCAUACCAUGUUGUUAAAGGUCUCUAGGAAGGGACCUCUAUCUCCAACUGGAUAGAAAUUAGACUUUCUUUUAAAAGAAUUUUGUUUAUUGAAAGCCUCACUAGAUGUUAUAGAAACUUCUGUAUCUCUUUUUAGAAAAAAUCUUUUCAAUGUCAUUUUACGGAUAUAUUUUUGAAGAUCUAUAUAUGUAUUAAAAUGAUUCAUCUUCUGAUUUGGGGCAAAUUUUAAUCCCUUAUUGAGCGCUUUUAAAUCACUAGUUGAUAAUUCUAUAUCAGUUAGAUUAUAGACUCCAUAUUGUUUUUCUAAUUCCUUUUUCUCAGGAAGUCCUCCCUUCGGGGAUCUUCCUCUGACCUCUUUCUUUUUGGUGGGGUUAGCUGACUUUCUCGUGGGGUUUCCUUGAUGUUGUGUCGGGGUUUGAAAAAUUGGGUGAUUCUCCCUUCUUUGGGAUUGGAUUCCCUCCCUAAAAAAAGAUUUUCCCUUUCUUUUUGAUUUCCUUGAUUGGUAUUGGCCACCUGUGCAUAAGUUCUUUUUGGUGAAUAACAAUAAUUUGGAGAGAUAGACUCCUCUCUUUCCUUCUGUCUAGUGUAUCUCGGUGACUUUCUUAAAAGUUUGUGAUUGUUUAUUUGUGAUGGUCUAUUUGGAGAGGAGUAUCUUUUUCUAUUCGUUGGAGAAAAGUGUCCAUUUCUAUCUUUUGGUGAAUAUCUAGAGUGAUUGGUUGAAUCAUACUUUUUAUAAGUGGAGUAAUCAUCUUUUUUUAAUUUAUUCCCAUAACCAACAUCAAAAUUCCUUGUAUUUCUUUUAAAGUGAUUAUUAUAUGUGUGUCUAUUCUUAAUUUUAUUUGUUGUGGAAAAAGUAUUAUAUUUUUUAUCAUUUCUAUCUCUCCUCAUUUUAUUGUUUUUUGUUUCAGCAAUUCUUUCUUCAUGCGUUCCACUGCCGAAACCCGGAAGUGCUUUAUGCCUUCUAUGUAUGAAUCACGUAUUUCUAUUCCAAGUCCCUCUCAUUAGAGGCAGAUUUAAUUUACAUAGAUCGGAGGCAAGAAGAAAGGGGGGGGAGAGGGAAAAGGGAGGAUUAUACACUUCAAACAGUACUACAAGAUUCCAAAUAUAUAUAACUAACACAGCCUCAUUAUAGCCUUUAUACAAAGUCUAAUGAAAUUGAUAAUUGAAUUUGAAAAAGAAAGUAGAGAUCAAACUGAAAACGAUAUAAAAUCAUUAGAAACAGGGGGAACCCUUAAUAGGGAUCAAAUUGGAUAUAAAGAAAAAGAACAGGAAGUUUGUAAAACAAUUAAUCAAUUAGAAGAAAGAAUUGCUGAAACAAAAAACAAUAAAAUGAGGAGAGAUAGAAAUGAUAAAAAAUAUAAUACUUUUUCCACAACAAAUAAAAUUAAGAAUAGACACACAUAUAAUAAUCACUUUAAAAGAAAUACAAGGAAUUUUGAUGUUGGUUAUGGGAAUAAAUUAAAAAAAGAUGAUUACUCCACUUAUAAAAAGUAUGAUUCAACCAAUCACUCUAGAUAUUCACCAAAAGAUAGAAAUGGACACUUUUCUCCAACGAAUAGAAAAAGAUACUCCUCUCCAAAUAGACCAUCACAAAUAAACAAUCACAAACUUUUAAGAAAGUCACCGAGAUACACUAGACAGAAGGAAAGAGAGGAGUCUAUCUCUCCAAAUUAUUGUUAUUCACCAAAAAGAACUUAUGCACAGGUGGCCAAUACCAAUCAAGGAAAUCAAAAAGAAAGGGAAAAUCUUUUUUUAGGGAGGGAAUCCAAUCCCAAAGAAGGGAGAAUCACCCAAUUUUUCAAACCCCGACACAACAUCAAGGAAACCCCACGAGAAAGUCAGCUAACCCCACCAAAAAGAAAGAGGUCAGAGGAAGAUCCCCGAAGGGAGGACUUCCUGAGAAAAAGGAAUUAGAAAAACAAUAUGGAGUCUAUAAUCUAACUGAUAUAGAAUUAUCAACUAGUGAUUUAAAAGCGCUCAAUAAGGGAUUAAAAUUUGCCCCAAAUCAGAAGAUGAAUCAUUUUAAUACAUAUAUAGAUCUUCAAAAAUAUAUCCGUAAAAUGACAUUGAAAAGAUUUUUUCUAAAAAGAGAUACAGAAGUUUCUAUAACAUCUAGUGAGGCUUUCAAUAAACAAAAUUCUUUUAAAAGAAAGUCUAAUUUCUAUCCAGUUGGAGAUAGAGGUCCCUUCCUAGAGACCUUUAACAACAUGGUAUGCCAUGAUUUGGAGAAAUUGGAAAAAGAAAGCAAUUGUCAGAAAAAUAAAUACAAUAUGAGUAAAGAGGAAUCGGCAAGUGUAGCCAAACUACAAAAAAUGGAGUCUAUAAUUAUAAAAGAGGCCGAUAAAGGUGGAGCCAUAGUCAUUAUGACCAAAGACUAUUAUAUGGAGGAAGCAUAUAACAUCUUAGGAGAAACAAAUACUUACACAAAACUCACAGAAGAUCCAACAAAAAGAUUUAACUCUAUUCUCAAAAUCCUGUUAAACCAGGCAUUUGAGGAAGGCAUCAUUUCUAAAAAUAAUAUGGAAUUUUUAUUUAACAAUUUUCCCAUAAUUCCUAUUUUUUAUUUUUAUUUUUUGCCCAAGUUACACAAAAAUCCUAUCACACCUCCGGGAAGGCCAAUUAUUAGUGGCAUUGAUUCGGUAUCUGCACAUUUGUCAGAAUUUGUAGAUUACAAUCUUCAAAAAUAUGCCCAAGAGGCACCCUCUUAUUUGAAAGAUACCUCACAUAUUUUAAGAAUAGUAGAAGAUAUAAAAUGGAAAGACGAUUUCAUUUGGGUAACUAUAGAUGUUUCAUCUCUCUACACAAUCAUUAAACAUCACAAGGGUCUGAUUGCAGUAGAGUGGGUCAUGGAGAGAGAUGAAAGUGUUUCACCAGAUUUUCGAAAUUUUAUACUUAAAAGCAUUCAUUACAUCUUGAAGCACAAUUAUUUUUUCUUCGAUGACUCAUUCUAUCUCCAAAUCACUGGUACGGCAAUGGGGACCAGGUUCGCCCCCGGCUAUGCCAACAUAUAUAUGCGGGAUUGGGAAUCCAACCACAUAUGGAGGGGGCAUGGCUGGGUAGCGAACCUGGUCCUAUGGAAACGUUUUAUUGAUGACGUUAUAAUGAUUUGGCAAGGAUCACAUAAAGAACUGCAGUUAUUUUUGGAUUAUAUUGGUAAUAAUGAUUAUGGCUUAAAAUUCACAUGUGAGAUAGACCCUAUUACAAUUAAUUUUUUAGAUGUCUGCUUUUUUGUUGAAAAUCAGACUAUACAGUCUAAAUGUUAUUUUAAAAAAACUGAUGGUAACAGUUACAUACACAGAAAAAGCUGUCAUCAUGAUAAAUGGUUGGAAACCAUCCCAAGAAGCCAACUAACAAGAAUACGACGAAAUUGCUCAAGAGAUAUAGAUUACCAUGAACAGGCCAAACACUUGAAAAAUAAAUUUUUAACUAAAAAAUAUGAAUUAGCACCAUUGGAGAAAGAAAUUCAAGAAAUUGAAAAGAAAGAUAGGAAAAGUCUUUUGAAAUCAAAUCCAAAGAAAACAAUCCCAAAAAAAGAUUAUCAGUUUUCGUUUAUUACACAAUAUAAUACACAACAUUGGAAUAUAAAAAAGAUUUUAAACAGACAUUGGGAUAUUUUGUGCAAAGACCCCAUAUUAGGAAAGGUACUCCCAAAAAAAGCACCAAUAAUUUUCAAAAAAACUAAAAAUUUGAAAAAUAUAUUAGCUCCAAGCUACGCAUUAAAAAUCGGACGCAAAGGUACACUUUCUAAUAUUAAAGGUUUUAAUCCUUGUAAUUCAUGUAAGGCUUGCAAGAACCAGAGGUAUAUACAGAAAAAAGAAUUUAUAAGUACAACUACCAAAGAGAAAUUUAAAGUUAAAUCUAAUAUAAAUUGCAACUCGAGGUAUGUGGUCUACCUGCUACAGUGCCCAUGUGGGAAACAGUAUGUGGGAAGAACGGGUCGAAAAUUGAAAGAGAGAAUUUUGGAACAUCAAAAUAAUAUUAGGAAAAAGUCAACAAAACAUAUAGUACCGAUUCAUUGCACUAGUUGCAGAAAAUUUAAUUGGAAUAAUUUUUCCUUCAUGGGUAUAGAGCGGGUUGACCCUUAUUGGAGAGGGGGCAAUUUAAUGAAAAAGCUCUCGCAAAGGGAGAUUUUUUGGAUAAACAAAUUAAAAACGUUGCAACCACAUGGGUUGAAUUUGGAUAUAGACCUAUGGAGCUUUUUUGAAAAUUAAUACUAUGUAGGUACCUUUUUGCACCAUUAGUGUAAAUGUUGCAUUUUUUCUAUAUAUUUUUUAUAGUAUAGGUAAUAAUUUUUCCACAUCAUAAAUAUCAUAGUAGAAUAUUUUUGUAUCAUUAAAUUUGAAUGGGUUUUGGGAUGGACAAAUUGUCCUUUUAUAUAUUCUGAAAUUCAAUGAAUUCUCAUUAUAUCAGAUUUAUAUAUACUGGGAUUUGUUGGAUUCCAACUGCGUCGGAUUUGUGUUUACAGAUUUUUAAUCUGCAUUCUGAGAUUUGACGUUUUUUGAAUUCAAUUAAAUUUCAAUCAUAAGUAUACUUUUUCCAUUCAUCAAAUUUUAUUUAAUUUUUUUAAUAUAAUCUAUUUUAUUUUUUAUAUCAAGAACAACUUUAAAAUCAACCAACAGCUCUUUGUGGGAUGUCUUUGACAUUCCACUAAAAGAAAAAAAGAAAAAAAAAAAGAAAAAAGAGGACAGGGGAUGGAUCGAAUUCUAUUUUUUACAUUUAUGGAAUUCUAUCCUAUAUUUUAUAAUUCAAUUUAAUUUCUUAAUUUUAUCCAAUGAUAACGUUAAAAUUAAUAAAUCUCCUUUUCUGGAUGUUUUCAAUAUCUCAUCAAAGGAAAAAAGAGGAGAAAAAUAAUAAUGUAUGGAUACUCUAUAUCUUUUGGAAUAUUUGAAAAAAUGCAACAUAAAUUGGGAUAUCACGUUUUAUCCACCUUAUAAGUGUGUGUGCUAUAUUUUUAUUUUAUUUUUCAUUUUUAUUCUCAUUUUUCUUUAUUUUUCUUUAUUUUUAUUUUUUAUAUUUUUUAUAUUUUAUUUUUUAUUUUUUAUUUUUAAUUUAUUUUAUUUUACUUUCAUUUUUAUUAUUUUUUAUAUUAUUUUUUUAUAUUACAUUAUAUUUUUUACAUUAUGUAUUUAUUUUUGUUAUUUUUUGUUAUGUUAGUCUGUUUAUUUACUAUUAUAUAUCUUUAUUUGAUUUUAAUUAGAUUCAUAUAUACUAUAUAGUGUAUAUAGUUUUUUGUUAUCAAGUAUAAUGAGGCUGUGUUAGUUAUAUAUAUUUGGAAUCUUGUAGUACUGUUUGAAGUGUAUAAUCCUCCCUUUUCCCUCUCCCCCCCCUUUCUUCUUGCCUCCGAUCUAUGUAAAUUAAAUCUGCCUCUAAUGAGAGGGACUUGGAAUAGAAAUACGUGAUUCAUACAUAGAAGGCAUAAAGCACUUCCGGGUUUCGGCAGUGGAACGCAUGGUGGAACGCAUGCGAAACCGACGGACGCAUGUGGAUGACGUCAUAGAUAUCGGCCGUCGAACUGAAAUUUCAAGCACCUGAUUCGGAUAAAGAGUUUUGUGGACAUUGGGGGAGGUAUAAAGGGUGGUGAAGGGAAGGGUUGUUUAUUGUUCAUUUGUAUGCUGUCAUUUCUGGUCACUGAAGUCCCUGAGGAAGUCCUACAUACGGACGAAACGCGUAGGACCCCUGGUGGUGACAGUGAGAAUACAUCCAUUGUUUUAUAUUUAGAUGUAAGUGAUUAAAUUAUUUUUUCUACAUUUUUAAAUAUGUACUACAAGUUCUGUUUUUUUCUUUGAGCACACACCUUUUAACUAUUCCAUGAGAGUUUAAAAGUGGUGGAAGAAUCAUUCCUGGAAGGGCAUUUAUGCUGAAAAGAGCAAUUUUGCUGAAAAGAGCAAUUCAGUUCCAAGGCAUUUAUAUUUCAAUGAAAGUGUGAGUGGCCAUUUGAAAACUACACAUUUGGUUUAUUCAUAUACACAGUUAUGCGCUAUGCACUGUUCUUGUUAUUUGUUUAGCAGAUCGUCCCCUUUUUUUCUAUACUUGUAAUGUGUGAAUAUAGUGAGUGUAUGCAGUAGUGUAAAUGCAUGCAGUGUUAAAGAUAAUGUUGACACUGGUUAGAGUAAAGGGGUGGAUUAAUGUUAGAGAGGGGUUAACAUAAACAGUUAGAUUACAUAGGAUGUUUAAUGUUAACAAAAAUAACAGUUUGAGAAGGGUUACAGUUGUAGUUUAUGAGCUUUUAAGGAUCAGAGUAAGGUUACAUUUGGAUAUAGGGGGUGAUUCUAGAUUGUUGGAUUAAAUUUAGUAUUGGGGCAUAUGAGGUGUUACAUUUUUAAGAGAAGUUGGGCUUCUCCUGUGUGAGAGGUUACUAGUGAAAGAUAAUAAGUGAUCCCUUCCUCUUCCUUUCCACACAUACAUACAUACCAGUGGCUGAACUUCACAUUUGCUGAGGAGGCCACUCUGACUCCAAUACAACAAUAUUGUAUUGGAAGGUGUAUUCUGUGUCCCCAAGCCACAGAGGGCACCAGAGUCUGUGCCCAGAGAUUUAGUUGUGCGUUUUCAAACCACAGAGAUAAGGCUGUGAUGCUGGCAGCCCUCAGAGGAUCCUUGCCUUACGCAUUCAAGAACAUGGCCCACACCUUCUAUGCUGACCUAUCGGGCAGCACUCUGCCUACACAACCGCUUAUGUUGUGGCCACCAACUGGGCUUUGACUGAUACCUUAAACCGAGUAUACCCACCAUAAGUGGGCUGUAUAUAGUAUAGAAUUGUUUGCAUGUUUAUUCCUUACCAUAUGUUUUAUAUUUUUAUCUAUACCUUUCACUUUACGAAGAAAUAUUUCACACCCCGCUCUCAGUUGGGUUGGCUAUGUGCCCAACACUGCCUUCCCCUGCCUCAAGAUAUGCACACAUAGCUGAAACGGUUCUCCUAGGCCUUGAGGCGUAAAACUUUAUUCCUAGCAUACUGUCCUAGAUGAGAAGGAGGCACAUGUUUUUAUGCAUGACAUUAAGCGCUUUAACUCCUCUAAUACUAACCCUAGUAUUCUAGCAUACCACACAUGACUGCAUUAAUUGUAGUAAGUUUACUCACACUACCCCAAAAACUGGUUCGGAUGGGCAGUUUCUGCAUAACUCUUUUACUAUCCUCAGAACACUGUGCUUUUCUUUGACUAUAAUGCCAUUGUUUCCUUAUGUAUGUUUCUAAAAUGCUUGCCAAUGCUGUUGUGGCAUUGCAAGAUCUUUUGUUAUCAUAUGCACAGAAAAAUAAAAAUAAAGAAUAUUAAAAAAUGUAAAAAUAAAAAUGAACAUGCCUGAGAAAUCCUUGUUUGUUAACAGUGGAGUUAUAUUUGAAAAGUCUAGUCAAAGUAUUUAGUAAUUUUACUGCUCAGCAUAGCUAUGUCUCUUACCUCAUUUUGCUUAUUCUGCAGACACAAUGUGUUCAUUAAUAUAUUUUGAUAGCAUUAUGUUAUUGAACCUCUUUUUAAAUAUAUGAAAAAUUAGGUUAUAUUUAAUUCUACAUCUGCUCUCAGACCUUCUUUAAGAGAGCCAAUAUGUAAAUUAAAUUCACCCAGCAUUCUAACACUUCAUGUAUUCCAGGAAGAAGAAUUACAGGCUGUCACUAUGCGGCUCUUAUCCUUGCUGCAUGGAUAAAUGCUGUCUUCUGGUCUGUGAUGCCCAUAGUGGGAUGGUCAAGUUAUGCUCCUGAUCCCACUGGAGCUACAUGUACCAUUAAUUGGAGGAAAAAUGAUGCGUAAGAUUUUUAUCUUUUUUAUUUUUAUAUUACUUUAUAUAUUUUUUUUUUUUUAAAUUCUUUAUUUUAUUCGUGCAUAGAUUUAACAAGCAGUUUUGCACUGCCACGACAGCUGGUGCAAACAUAAAUGAAACAUGUGGUGACAGUAAUGUGGCAUAAGAAACAUUGCACAUUUUUAUAUAAACUAACAGAAUUAUGCUUAAUAAGAGUUCGCCAUGCUUAAUGAGAUUUAGUUAUGUUUAGUAGGAUUUAGUAUUGCGUAACAUGCCUAUUCUAUGCUGUCACUUAGCGUUAAGAUAAGGCUUAUGUUAAACACACUAUUCUAAGGACUCACUGCUGCAUGUCGUUCAAUAGUAGUACGAAAAGUUGUAAGUCCACGUUUAUCAUGUAUUAGUUUAACAGUUGUUAACCAAGGUUAAGUGGCAGGAGCCUGGCUUGGAAUCUGGGCCGUGCCGUCGAGCUACCAAGUGUCUUGUCAGACUUGUGUGCUUGCUGCACGAUGAGUGUCUGGGCUUUAGGGUGUUGCUAGCGGCAGCUCUGUCCCAUGAGGUGCGUUAGGCAGUGGCUAGAGUCCAGCACUGUGCCCUUGUGGGGAUUCCCCUUUCAGCCGAUACCCACUGGGUGUUCCGUUGUGUUCAUCCUGGGGUUGUCUUGCCCGGGGAUGGCCCGCUUGCUUAGUGGGGUGAUGGUGGUAAUGCUGUCGCGUAUAGACAGUUGCCCCCUCGGUGCUCUCGGUCCGGUCGAUCGCGGGUUAAUUUUUUGCCGGUCAGUCAUCAAACCUGCCGGAGUGUAAUUUUUAUCGCUGUCAACUCUGCUAGUCCCUCUGUGUCGGGUUGCGCUUUGCUGGACAGCUGUUGCUGGGACCGCUUGUUGGUAAGCAGGUCGGGUACUCUUGUGGGUUCCGUGCUCGAGUUUGAGGUUGCGUGUAUUGCCGCGCGGGGGGUUCCACCACAGGCAACGGCGGGUCGCCGGGCGGAUCCACGCCGCCGCCGCUAUCACCGCCAGUCUAUAUAUAUACACACACAUAUAUACAGUUGCAAGAAAAAGUAUGUGAACCCUUUGGAAUCAUAUGGAUUUCUGCACAAAUUGGUCAUAAAAUGUGAUCUGAUCAUCAUCUAAGUCACAACAAUAGACAAUCACAGUCUGCUUAAACUAAUAACACACAAAGAAUGAAAUGUUGCCAUGUUGUUAUUGAACACACCAUGUAAACAUUCACAGUGCAAAUGGAAAAAGUAUGUGAACCCCUAGACUAAUGACAUCUCCAAGAGCUAAUUGGAGUGAGAUGUCAGCCAACUGGAGUCCAAUCAAUUAGAUGAGAUUGGAGGUGUUGGUUACAGCUGCCCUGCCCUAUAAAAAACACACACCGGUUCUGGGUUUGCUUUUCACAAGAAGCAUUGCCUGAUGUGAAUGAUACCUUGCACAAAAGAGCUCUCAGAAGACCUACGAUUAAGAAUUGUUAACUUGCAUAAAGCUGGAAAGGGUUAUAAAAGUAUCUCCAAAAGCCUUGCUGUUCAUCAGUCCACGGUAAGACAAAUUGUCUAUGAAUGGAGAAAGUUCAGCACUGCUGCUACUCUCCCUAGGAGUGGCCGUCCUGUAAAGAUGACUGCAAGAGCACAGCGUAGACUGCUCAAUGAGGUGAAGAGGAAUCCUAGAGUGUCAGCUAAAGACUUACAAAAGUCACUGGCAAAUGCUAACAUCCCUGUUAGCGAACUUACAAUACGUAAAACACUAAACAAGAAUGGAUUUCAUGGGAGGAUACCACAGAGGAAGCCACUGCUGUCCAAACAAAGCAUUGCUGCAGGUUUACAGUAUGUACAAGAGCACCUGGAUGUUCCACAGCAGUACUGGCAAAAUAUUCUGUGGACAGAUGACACUAAAGUUGAGUUGUUUGUAAGAAACACACAACACUAUGUGUGGUGAAAAAAAGGCACAGCACACCAACAUCAAAACUGUGAAGUAUGGUGGUGGGGGCAUCAUGGUUUGGGGCUGCUUUGCUGCAUCAGGGCCUGGACGGAUUGCUGUCAUCGAAGGAAAAAUUAAUUCCCAAGUUUAUCAAUACAUUUUGCAGGAGAACUUAAGGCCAUCUGUCUACCAGCUGAAGCUCAACAGAAGAUGGGUGUUGCAACAGGACAAUGACCCAAAGCAUAGAAGUAAAUCAACAACAGAAGAAAAUAUGCCUUCUGAAGUGGCCCAGUCAGAGUCCUGACCUCAACCUGAUUGAAAUGCUGUGGCAUGACCUCAAGAAAGCGAUUCACACCAGACAUCCCAAGAAUAUUGCUGAACUGAAAAAGUUCUGUAAAGAGGAAUGGUCAAGAAUUACUCCUGACCGUUGUGCAAGUCUGAUCUGGAACUAAGGAAACGUUUGGUUGAAGUUAUUGCUGCCAAAGGAGGUUCAAUCAGUUAUUAAAUCCAAGGGUUCAUAUACUUUUUCCACCUGCACUGUGAAUGUUUACAUGGUGUGUUCAAAGGGUUCAAAUACUUUUUCUUGCAACUGUGUACAUAUAUAUAUGUGUGUGUGUGUAUCUAUCAUUGUUUCAUUAAAUGUAACAAACUUUUCAAAAAUGAGAAGCAAACAUUUUGACAGUUGUACUUUUUUUUAAAAAAAACACCCUAACCAAUAAAUACGAUAUAUAAUGGUCUCUUUGUAUGCUGUGCUGCCACUCUUAUAAAAGGAAGUAGUAUGUUAACCAUUAUGAGACGUGUAAAGCGAUGGCUUGAUGAUAACCUGGGAAAUGUUCACUAGUGGCUUUUGGGAACAGAUUGCUAUAAUAUCUACUCUUUUGACCUGAUUUUAGUUACAUGACAGUAGAAGAUCUUGUCUCUAUAUGUUUUCAUACUGUGUCUUCUUAAACAGGUCUUUUGUGUCAUAUACAAUGAGUGUGGUUGCAAUAAAUUUUGUGAUCCCACUCCUGGUGAUGUUUUACUGUUAUUACAAUGUAUCCCGCACCAUGAAAGGAUAUACCAGCCGAAACAGUCUUGGCAACAGCAACGUGGACUGGUCAGAUCAAGCCGAUGUAACAAAGGUAAAUGAAAGAGAAUAUAUAAAGAGGAUAAAUUUCAGCACUGCGGUAUAUGUUUGGCGCUUUAUAAAUACCAUAAAUAAAUAUAGAGAAAAGAAUCAAAUAGAUAAGUAAAUAAAGGCUUAUAGAACUGUAGAAAUUCUUCAUCUCAUCUAUAUUAUUAGCAUAUAGGCCAGGAUAGUAUGACUUAUGUUUAACAAAUAUGUUUUUCAAUUCACCCCAACUCACUGUUUAAUAAAUUUCUGAUGAAUAGAUUAUACUGCAUGCGAGAUUAUAUAACGAAAAUGGGAAUUUUAGAAAAUAUUAAACUUUAAAUAUGUAGGACAAUUAUUUGGCCUAAAUAGGCUAAAUAUCUGUAAAGUGUAUUUGUAACUUGUAUUAAAUAUCUUUCACAUCCACAUCAAAAAAGAGGGAUUGACUGGGUGGAAAGGGGGUAACCCUUAGAAUAUACAAUUUUACAAGGAACAGAGUAAUGCCCAGAACUAAUGGUAGUAGUUUAAAACUGAACGUUUAAUAGUCUUCAAAGGUAAAACACUUGGAUGUAAAGUAAUUAUCAUAAAUAAAGAAUACAAAACAAAGUAUAUACACAAAUGUCAAUUAUCAAAAUAAAUAAAUCCAAAGUAUAUACACAUCCUGCACGUUCUCUGUAGGAAAGUAGCCUGCCAGGCUUCCUGUGAACAAGGGAAGGUAAAGUCAAACUUGGUAACAAGCAGUGACUGAUACAACAAAACACUGUUUCUGAGGCACUUUGCAACAGUGUAAAGUUUAAUGUUGCAAUUCCCUUGAAAAACUAACAGAAAAUGUUAAGUGGUAUUGAUGGAAUUGCUCCAGAGGAGAGCAAGAAUAUGUACAGCCAAUUAAACAGUGUUUUGAGUCUGUCUGAUAAGAAUAAUUAAUACUUUAGAGGAAGGAUGAAAAUAGUGUCAAGAUUAGUUCCAGCUGUUAUCCUAUUUAUAUGGUAUGGCUUCACGGUGUCUGAACUGGGCCUUCAUGGGCACCUAUAUAGAUCAAAAACUCACUAGCUAUUCUUAUAGCUGCGAACAACUUGGAUAAUGAUUAAAAACAGGCUCAGUUACACAGUUGACAAACUAAUAUCUCAGAAACUAUUCACAAAAGGAUAAACCUGAGCCGAGCCCCGACGUGCAUUUUGCCAUUCAGGCGACUCUUCAAGAGGAACUGAACAAUUUCAAGAUAAGUGGAUAUAUAUCCAGUUCGUUAUUCUGAUUGGCUACCACUGUCUAACCAAUCCGGAAUCAUUAUCUGGCAGUGACUUUAAGAUGAACCAUUCAUUAACUUAUGCAUAAUUGGGAGGAGUUGCACUCAACAAGGUCUAAGAUAUUAACAUAAAAUGUUAGUCCUGCACCCAUCAAGGAGUCACGUUUGUAUACCAGUUUACAAAGAAGGAAUUCUAAUCUUCCUCAUUCAUAAUUGAGAGGGGGCGAUUUAAAACAACAACAACACCACCAUUCAAAAUUGUAAUUCCGCCCUGAAAUACUACAAAGACAGGGGAAGCGAUCCAUAUCUCACAUCCAUAAGCUUCAGUCUUUCACUCAUCUAUUCUACAUGUUGUUCUUAAAGGAACACACCAUUGCCCAUAAAUUUGUUUUUUUUAAAUCACUGUGUAGUAGAUGUAGUUCCAAUGAAAACAUGCAUGCAUUUUUUUAUCACUGGGUAUAUUUAAAACAGCUUGCAAAAGCUGCAGAUCUCUUGUAAUACAGCUCAGUGAGAAGGCAGGAAGGCUAGCACAGGGUGCCUGCUGCCCCUGUUAGUCUUCCUUUAACCCCUUAAGGACCAAACUUCUGGAAUAAAAGGGAAUCAUGACAUGUCACAUAUGUCAUGUGUCCUUAAGGGGUUAAAGGAGAAGAAACCACACAUUGAAUCAAUUCCCAACUGUUUCUCAAAAAGGAAAAAAAAUAUAUAUAUACCAUGAUUCUGAACUUUAAGAUGCCUGUCUGGACCAAUCUGCAGUUAGUAUGACUUUGUAAUGCAAUUGUACUUUAGCUGGACAAUAUAACAAAAUUAUUGGCGAUACAGUCCAUUUAGAGGAAUAGAAUAAAGAUAGAUUGAUUUCAUAACCACUAGUGUAAGUUUAUUGUGGGCAAAUUGCUCUCACAAGCAGAAACUGGUAAUGUGGCAUUUAAAUGAAAUACUGCAGAUUUCCACUGGAGGAAUCUUCAAGCAAGUGCCUUCACCAUGUUUCUUGGAGUGUCAUGUAACUAAGAGCAGAAACACAAAAUAGUUCAGAUAUCUAGUAUAUUUUAAAACCAACGCACAGUUUAUUGUAUGCAACUUUCAUAUAAGAAUUAAUAGCAUAUUAUAUAAAAACUCACUUCUUCACGAAAGCAUAUCAAUUAAACUGUUAAUAACACCCAAUUGAUUCCUCUCCUGCAACUGUGAUUAAAAAACACACUAAGUCUUCUUCAGUGAAUACUAUUCUACCAACCUAUUAUUCUACUCCUACCCUUACCUUUUGUGUCACUUUACUCCACUCCCUCAUUAAGCAGGACCCACAACCCUUCUGUUCCUGUCCGUCCAACUUGUCUGGUUACAAUAACGUGUUUGAUAGUCCACCCAUUGUACAGCGCUGUGGAAUUUGUUGGCUCUAUAUGCAUAAUAAUAAUAAUCACAAAAUGUCACCUGACCAGAUAAUGUGCAGCUCCACUUCAGAAUUCUUCUUAACCUACACUUUUUGCCGAUUCAAAUCUCCUUAAAGGCAUCUAGUUAGCUAAAAAGGACACAAACCAAAUUACAAUCAAUACAAGUUUUAUGUCCUUUUUAACUCCCUGGGGGAGAUAUGUUGAUCACAUCUCUCAAUGCACUCAUCAUGGUAGUUUAAUAUGUAUGUUUUAAGGUUCUAGGCUAUUCAUGAUAAGUGCAUACCAACAUGCAAUCAGAACAGGAAUUCUGAAAUCACAAUAACUGAUGCAUACCUAAAUCACUGAUAUAUAUUUACCCAUAGGUAUUUCUAAUAAAAGCCACUGAAGGUGCAAGUUAGGAAUGCUGAAAAGGGCAUAUUUCUAACUAUAUCAUACUUUAUAAAAGGUAAACAUGCUUAAUUACUAGUUCUAGGUUUUAAUGGUCCAUUAAUCAAUUUUGGUGGCCUGUCACUAGCAAAAUAUACAUUUUUUACUACUCAUAUAAACAGCAUAUAUCCGCAUAUCAUUCAUGAAAACAUAGCAAAGUUAAAUUAUAUGUCUGUCUCUCUUUAAUAUUCAGGUGCAUGCAGUGGUGGCCUUAAGCACCGGCCUGUUCUGCCUGUAUAGCAAUAACAUCUAUUUUCUUAAUAUUUGAGAACAUUUUUUUUUUUUUUAAUGUUGAGGGGCUAUCCAAGUUAAAUAAAUUAAUAAAUAUAAUUACAAAACCCAGAGUGACACAGGACAUCAAAGCAGCUUUUGUUACUCUUGGCUUCUACAGAUGUUUGUAGAGCUGCCACAAUCAUUGCUGCUAAUGCAUUACUGAUAACGGAUGGUCAAGAUUAAUGAGACCACAGCAUUACAUUUACAUGGAAACUUAUAGAAGAUUUUAUUGGGGACAGUAUUAGUGUGUGUAAAAUGUGACCAUUUUCACAUAUUUCUAAUGUCUCAUGUUUGUGAUGGUCAAGUUGGUACACGGUGGUUACUUGCUGUAGUCAUUACUGCUAAAGGUUAGUCUUCAUGAAUGGUUCAUCUUGAGGUUGAUGAGAUCAGACUAAUACACAUAAUCAUGAGCCUAUAUUGUACAUUGCCAACUGUGUAAACACUAUAACACUUUUUCAAUUUUUCAGAUGUCUGUGGUGAUGAUCGUGAUGUUCCUUGUGGCCUGGUCUCCUUAUUCCAUUGUAUGCUUAUGGUCAUCCUUCGGGGAUCCAAAACAAAUCUCACCAGCUAUGGCCAUAAUAGCUCCUCUAUUUGCCAAAUCCUCAACCUUCUACAAUCCUUGCAUUUAUGUCAUAGCUAACAAAAAGUGAGUUUCUUCCCAUGAUCAUCGUUCAAUGGCAUUUGUGAUCAAAGUUAAUCCUGAGUAACAUCAACUAAUAGAUUCAUUGAUGGUCAUGACUUCAACAGUAAGCAAACCAAAUAAAAUAAAUUGUUUAAUAUUUACAUGGCAGUCAAUAAAUAAUAGAAACAUAGAAUAGAAUAAGUGACCACACGAUAAACACAGACACAUUCAUUACUUUUCAGAUUGGACAACGAUUAUGAUGUUUAUUUUUCAAUAACAAGAACAUACCAAAAUAUUAUUCAUGCCUUUAAAUAAAAAGACAAACAAUUUAAAACUCAUAUUCAUGUAUUCAGUCAGUCAUUUAUAACCAACUGGCCUAGUCCAAAAUCAAAUAAACAUACAUCCUUGAAGCUUUAUAAAAAAAAGGAUGACUCUGCACUCCCUAUGAAUGCAAACACCACGACAAUGACGCAAGUUAGAAAAUGAGAAACAAAAUAAACACAAACAAAGAAAGGGAGGUGGGGGUCCAAACUUAGCACUACCAAUUAUUCUAAAUUAUAUAGUGCAUUCCAUACACUGCUGACAAUAGCUGUGCUAUAUAUUUGCUCUCCUGUCAUUCUCCAUGUGCCACAUCAGAGAUUUCAGUGUCUGCAUGCAGAGGGUGGGACACUGAAUGGCAGUGUAUGACUAGGCUGCAUUUCUGAAAAGACAGUGUUUACAGCAAAAAGCCUGAAGGUAAUGAUUCUACUCACCAGAAUAAAUUCAAUAAGCUGUAGUUGUUCAGGUGACUAUAGUGUACUUUUAACAAAUAAGUGUUUAUAAGGUCUGAAAAUAAAAUUACAUUUAGUACUCCACAUCCAAGUAUUUACUUCUAUUCUGGAACAGAGUCUGUCUGUCUUUGUUCUAAGCUCUGCCGUUUUUGUCAUAGAACAUAACGUUUCAAUGUUUCCUCCAAUGCAAUGUGUGUGCCAUUGAACUGGAUUUGCUGUUAUCUGAUAAACCUUUAACCCCUUAAGGACACAUGACAUGUGUGACAUGUCAUGAUUCCCUUUUAUUCCAGAAGGUUGGUCCUUAAGGGGUUAAUAUACAUUUAAAAGAAAUCAGAGCAUCACUGAAAAAAGGUUAGCACACAGAACAGAAAGCUUUCAAUGUUUUAUUCACUGGUAUAAAUUUCCAGAGACGUGAUGCCUCCCUUUUAAAGCUGGACAUCAAACAAAUUAUUUCGUUAUCAGACAAGCUCUAGAGCCACCAUUCUCAGAAAGAGCAUUGUUCCCUAUAGUGCUUGGUGUAUCCUUUCAAGUGUAAACACAUAGAAAUUGUCACAUAACCCUUCAUUUGUUAUAUUUUUCUGUUUUCUCCUAGGUUCAGAAGGGCUAUAUUCUCCAUGAUCCAAUGCAAGUCCAGACAGGAAGUUACACUCGACAACCACUUCCCAAUGAGUGUUUCCCAAAGUACACUGACAUAAGGACUCUUAGAAAUGAUCCCCAGUCUUCAUUGUGCCUGCAUAUAUCAAUAAAAGACAAUUACAAUAUUUUAAUAAUGUAUUAAAUAGACAUUUUGUUUUCUCUGAUAUUAUUUCUUCGUAAAACCCUACUUUAUUUCUUAUACUAUAUGCACUUUUGUAUAUAAUGGCUUCACCUAUUGUUCGC